AUGCCAAGGAAGGGGUCGAAGCUUCCUGAUGUUAAUGCCCUUUCGGGGCUUGCUGCGGCAUGGGAAAAGUGCAGGGCAAUCCGGCAAGCUGCGCUGCGGAAUGACUCCGUGCUCCAGUGGCCCACGCCUGCUUUGACUGGGGUGAUCACGUUUGAAACGAUGACUUACAACUCUAAGGUGUUGCUUCGGCUCCUUCGUCUGUGGUUGCCGCAGCUGGAUACAUUGAAGACCAUCAAUGUGUUUGCUGCAAGAAGGGAGGUGAAGCUCUUUCGGAAAGAAGCUGGCCUCCAGGAGGAUAAAGUUAGGGUGGCCUGCGAUGCUCAGAGCCUCCGGUCAUUUGUCACCUACCUUGUGAAGCGACAUGAUGGUUCCAAACGACAUGAUCCAGCCAUUGAGCAGUUGUAUGAUGAAAUCCAAAAGCAUUUCUACGUCGACCCAAAGACUGCUGGUGAGAAAGCAUGUGAUGAACAGCAUGAUGAGCAGGAUGAAUGUGCCUCGGAACCGGACUGUGUUUUUGACGACUCUGAUUUUGAUGAUGAAGAUUUGGCUUCGCAGCUGGGAGCGCUUCAAGCUGCACCUUCGGAAGACUCAAAGAGUGGCUUAGGGGGCUCUUCGGAAUCCUUACACACAGGGCUCACAUCGCAUUUGGAGGGCUUGCAGCUGACCCCAACCAACGCUUGCAGCUCACAGCCACCUCUACAGGAUGGAGAGGAGUUACCCCAGAUCCCCUUGGAAGUUGCGAAGGAGGCAAAGCAUGAUGACAAGCCCCCUGAAGAGGCUAACGAGAGCCCCCAAAAUGAUAGGGCAGUAGAUGCCGCGAAGGAGACACCCAAGGAGGAAGCCCCCCAGGAUGAGAGGCCUCAAGAAAAUCGUAAGGAGAUUGUCCUUAUCGAGGAGUCCCCAAGCCCGCGAAAGGAAGGUCCUUCCUGCAAGAAGCAGAGGCGUUUGGUUGCGCAGGGAGAUCCGGCGAAGCUGAAGCGCAUGCAAUACUUAAGGGAAGAGAUUGCGAAGCGCCGCCGAACUCUUUUGUGUGCGCGGCCAAGCAAGGGCCCGGAGCCUCCUGUGUCAAUUGCACCAGCCACCGAGGACACCCAACCUAUGGACUUGUCCCCUAUAGCGCGUAACCUGAGAUUGAAGUUUGAUGCGGCAGCCUCUGCGGUGAAGACAGACAAGGUCCCUAACUUUAAGGAAGAGACCAGCAGCCCCCCGGAAGUCAAGCCUAGCAGCUCCCAGGAAAAGGAGGCCGACAGCCCCCAAGACAUCACUCCCAGCAGCUUUCAGGAAGAGAAGGCAAACAGUCCCAAUGACAUCACGCCCAACAGCUUUAAGGAAGAGAAGGCAGACAGCCCAAAAGACAUCCCACCCAGCAGCUUUAAGGAAGAGAAGGCCACCAGCCCCAAAGACAUCCCACCCAGCAGCCUUAAGGAAGAGAAGGCCACCAGCCCCAAAGACAUGCCACCCAGCAGCCCUAUCCAAGGCAUGACAGCGGAUCUGCAAGCAAAAGAUGAUCAUGAUGAUGAUGAUGAUGACCUUUUCAAUGCGCAGCCAACUAGUUUUCUUACCCGUGCGGAGCAGUUCCAGGGGAUGGGAGUAGACGCGGAUCACGAUGAGAAUGGGGAUGUUAAGUCCAAAACGCCGAAGCCGAAAGCUAAAGCAAAAUGCAAAGCAAAGGCAAAAGCGAUGGGAAAAGCGAAGGCGAAAGCUAAGGCAAAAGCUAAGGCAAAAGCCAAAGCAAAAGCCCAAGGAAGACCCAAGUCAGCAGCGAAGGGCAAAGCAAAAGCAAAGAGCAAAGGCAAGCCUUCCUCAGAUGAUGGAGCCAAGGAGGAAUCCAAAGAUGAUGACGGAACCAACGAGGAGAAGGCUGCGGAAAAGGAGCUGAGCAUGCGUGAUGAUGACCAAGACAAGCAGCCUCCCACCCGCAAGAAGCCUGGCCCAAAGCCAAAGAAAGAUGAUGAUGGCUGCGUGAAGCCAAAGCCCAACAAAGCCUUGAAUGAUGAUGAUGAUGGGAAUGAGAAUGCCGAAGCUGCCGACCGGAUGACAAAAUCCACAUUUGCCAGGCGAUACCGUCCAGAGAAGUGUGUCUUCGCUGGGAAGCGUUGGGAUGAGCUAAGACAGGCGUUCUUCGUUCACAUCUCAGGGCAUGUGACUCAGGCUUCUACUGUUGAGGUGAAGUUCUGGAACUAUGCUAUGGAGUACAUGAAGGAGCAUGGCUCUGUGGAUGGCACUAACUUGCGGCAAGUUUGCAACAAG